GUAUUUUAACUGGCUCCAUAGUGAUAAUAGUUUAAAUCAAAACACAGCUUGUCCAAGAAUAAUCAUCCUCUCCAUUAUCGCUCUACAGCUACUUUACCGCUCCAUUAACUCUACAACUUGCGACUCAACUGAAACUCUACAACUGAACUCGACGAAAGACUUCCGACGACACAAUGUCUGUAACAAUGUCUGUAAGAGGAUUGGUGCGGAAUCUGAAGAGCUGGACUGUAGGUGAGAUCGCUUGUGCUGCGGGUCUCGUCGCUUUCUCUGCCGGUGCGGGUUACUGCAUUUACCGCAGCCUACGGAGAGAAAGCGCUCCUCCGGACCACACGCAGCCUUCUCACGAGCCUGUGGACGUGCUGAGAGAAUCCUUCAGUACUCCUUCUGUACUCCAGGUCGUUGAGCCAAUUCUGCAGCUGCCACACACAGAACCUCAAGACAAACCUUCAGCCGUCAUUCUGGUUUUACAGCCGCUCGAUGCUGAUGAACUGAACAGCGCUUGCUGCGAUGUUCAGUUCGUGUCUGAAGACUCCUCAUCCUCCCAGUCUGAGGUUGUUGAGCCACAUUUUCAUUUGCUGCCCAACGAACAACAAGAAGACCCAUCACCUGUUCUUCUGCCACUCGAUGCUGGUGAGCUGAUCAGCAGCUGCCGAAACAUUCAGUUCCUCUCUGCAGACACCUCCAUCUCCCAGUCUGAGUCAGUGAACAUCAGGACAUACCUCUUGUGGAUGAUAAGGGGCCCAGAGAGUCGUCUUUGCUGGUUUACAACCACAAAGACACAAUCCAUCAAUCACAUGGGAUUCCCUUACUGUACCACCACAGUGGACUGUUUCACUGGCAUACAGGUUGAGUCUGGGAGGGUUACAGAAUUUAUUUCCUGUAACCGAGUGGAGACCGACAUCAUCGUGCCCAGUUAUUAUGUGCAAACCAUUAAACAGGUGUCCUGCACAUACCUGUUUGUGGGUAAAGAUGGGCAAAUGGACACCUCCACUUGGGAGAAGGAAGAGGUUCGCUUUCCCUAUGGGGAGAGUGACGAGAGCCUUAACCCUGAAGAGAUGGAGAUGCCCUUUAUUUGCUGCCAUCUUUCAGACAGAGGGGUUACUGAUGUCGGCCUGAAGCUGCCUGCUCUCCGUGAGGCGUUCGCUACUCUGCUUGCCAGCAUCCACAACCAGAACUUCUUGUUCCUGGUCGGAAAGAAGAUCGUCAUGCGUCUGGCAGCGGCUAACAUCCAGGAUGUAGUUGGGGUGAAGUUGGGCUACCAGGCCUUGAUUCAGUUCCUCAGGGCGCCUUCUGAUCAGGAUUCUAUUGAAGCAGAGAUCUCCUCCUUUGUCCCCCACUACAACUUCCUGGAUGUUUUUUUUGAGCUGAUUCUGUUCCGCCAUUUCAGAAGUGGCUCAACACUUGAGACAUUUAAGGGAGGAUUCGUGGAGCGCCUGCUCGAGCUCAUCAGCAUGUGGGAUGUGGACGUGUGGGAGCCUGCAGCAGAGCUGUACUUCACAGUGCUUAUCGAUCACCUAACACAGCUUGCUGAAGUACUGUUCUCUCAGCCUCUGGAGCUCUACAACGACCCAGCUGCCUUAGCCACCACAGUUCAGCAUCUCCUCAAGGAGCAUGUCCGGCAGAUGAUGGACAUUUUGGAGAAGCUCUGAGCAAUGUCCUUCCUUUACCACUUUAUUUUUUCCUCUUGUUUCAUUUUCUGUUCAUUCUUUUCCCUCACUUCUUUUCCCUACAUUGCUCAAGCUCUCCAUACGUAAGUAUGAAUGAAUUUUAUUUCCAUUUUUGAUAAAUAUUUUAAAAAUCUCUCUUUUCCUGUAGGUUUAGAACAGUGGACCCCAGGACGGAAGAAGGGCUUAACCCUAGAAGGGCUUAACCCUCCAUUUGCCCAUCUUUACCCACAAACUCCCUGAUUCCUAUAGAUAAUAAUAUAUUAAUAUAAUGUUUUGUAAAUAAACAUUACAUAUUUGUAAAUAUUUGUAAAUUUUAUUUAAUAAAUGUGUACAUUUGUUCCUAUUACAGAAUAAUUCUGAUAAUUUUUAUCCAUUAAUAUACCUAUAGCAUUUUCCUUUCAAAAGCACAACACACCAUUUUAAACGAAAUUCCAGAACUUUUAAAUGGUUUAAUAAAAUGUGUGAAAUUACAUAUAACAAAAUUCAGAUAUUUAUAUUCUUGGAAUAUUUGUGUGAUGGCCCCAAAUUGUGGAACAAUCUUUAACAUUUGGGGAAUUGCAUAAUUGUAAAUUAUUUCUCAAUUACAGAUAUUGAAGAUAUGUAAAAAUACAGAACUUUGUAUGUUUUAUGGAUAUAUUAGCCUAUAGUUGACAAGGCGUAUUAACAAUAAGCUGUUUUGUUUUUUCCAUCAAGUUGAUUGUUAUACAAAGCCAGAACUCAAGUUCAACAGCAGUUCUUACAAGAAGCUCUUAGCUGAAAGGCUCACAAUACAGUAUACAGUGACUAGGGUGUGCUAUAAAUGAAAAAAAUUAGAUAAUCGUAGUAAAGUAAACAUUAGGAUCGUUGAGACAGUCCCUCAAAUGCUGCCCACCGAAACUCACCAGGAACCUUCAGCCAUCCUUCUGGUAACCAAAGCUUUCGUUUAUUUACUAAACCUGCUUGCUGGAUUUUACAAGGUUCUUUUUACAGGAUAUCAGUAUAAAACUGCUAUGAUCAGAAGCAUUUAUGAUCUUCCUGCUCUAAUCUUCACAGCCACUCGAUGCUGGUGAGCUCACCAGCGCUUUCCAAAACAUUCAGUUCCUCUCUGCAGACACCUCCAUCUCCCAGUCUGAGUCAGUGAACAUCAGGACAUACCUCUUGUGGAUGAUAAGGGGCCCAGAGAGUCGUCUUUGCUGGUUUACAACCACAAAGACACAAUCCAUCAAUCACAUGGGAUUCCCUUACUGUACCACCACAGUGGACUGUUUCACUGGCAUACAGGUAUCAAGCUGACCAGAGAAAGGGACAGUCCACUGAUCAUGAUUUUUGAGUCAGAGGUAAACAAAAAUUUAGAUGAGUGGAGCUGCCCCCUCUGCCCCCACUGCCCCUGCUGACACCCCAACUGCCUGACACCCCAACGUCCUGGCCUGCCCAUUAGAUACACAUCUACAUAUCUGUAUAAUACUCUGUAAUCUAUGCAGAUUGAUUAGUUUGCAUGUAAGACUAAGGAGGAGACUUAAUUGUACAUCGCAGUCGUAACUUUGAAUAAACAAAACCAGGGACAACAA